UCUCGUGGAUCCGGACAGGGUGAAGCCCCUCCCCGCAUAUCAUCGCACCAGGCGAUGGUCCUCUUAACUUCAUUGUUGGAGAAGAAGCGACGCCCCGCUUCGCCACGACAAAAGGAUCAAACACCCCCUCUGAUCAGCACGACCCCCAGUUUUGUUCUCAUGGAAAUGAGACCCUCCCUCUCCGCCACACUUUCUGCAGAGAUGCAAAGUUGAAGCGCAUUCCCAGCCGGGACUACACACGAUAAUGACGUCUUGCAGGAGCUGAUCGUUUUCAUUUAUCCAAAUUUUCCGAGUUUUUUCUCUCUUUUUUUGCUCACCGCUCUAGGACCGCACAUUUUUCUCUCUCCAACAUGCGGGAUUUGGCGCAGCGCAUUGUUUUCUGCGCGCUGCUCGGCUCCGUUUACGCGUCGUGUCCUCCGCGCUGCGAGUGCUCAGAGGCGGCUCACACCGUGAAGUGCGUCUCCAGAGACCUGCGGAGUAUCCCGACAGGGAUCCCCGGAUACACCAGGAAUCUGUUCAUAACUGGGAAUCAGAUCAGUCGGAUCGGUCCGGAGAAUUUUAAAGGACUGGGGAAUGUGACCAACCUCUCUCUGAGCAAUAACAGAAUUUCCGAAGUUGAAUCUCACACCUUUGCUGGACUGCGCAGCCUCCGCUCUUUGGAUCUGAGCAACAACCAGCUGGCAGUCAUCCACCCUGAAGCCUUCACUGUGCAGAACCAAUCUCUGCGGGAGCUCAACCUGAGCCGAUCGCUCUACAACCACUCGUCAGUGAUGGACUUGGCCACCUCUCUCCGCUGGAGCUCCUUGGCGACCCUGAGAGGACUGGACCUUUCUCACAAUGGCCUCAUCUAUCUACCCUCACGCAUCUUCUCCCACCUUUCCAACUUGCAGCGGCUACAGCUCUCCAACAACUCCCUGGUGGCAAUCCACAACUCCACCUUCUCGGGUUUGGAGCACCUGGAGGAGCUUGACUUGACCCUGAACGCCCUCAAGACGGUGUCUGAGGAGGGCCUGCGAGAGCUGGACUCCCUCCCCAGAGCCGCUCUCCUGCUGGAGGAAAACCCCUUCACAUGCACGUGUGGAAUCGAACCUUUUGCUCUGUGGCUCAACAGAUCGCAGGGACGCAUCAGAGAUGCUGAGGGCCUUGUAUGUGCCUUCCCAGCAAGCAUGAGAAACACAUCCAUGCUCGCCGUAGGUACGUUGACUCUGGUAUGCCAUCAGAGCGGUGCCGGGGCUGACCUUGCUUUGCAGACCUCGUACGUCUUCUUGGGUAUAGUGCUGGGCUUUGUAGGUCUCAUCUUCCUUUUUGUGCUUUAUCUGAACCGCAAGGGCAUCAAGAAACGCAUCUAUGACUUGCGGGACGCCUGCAGGGAGGUGUGGGAGGGCUACCACUACCGCUUCGAGAUUGACUCUGACCCCCGGUUAUCGCAGGUCUCCUCGAGCGCUGACGUGUAAGAGGACAAUCACCUCUGUGUAUUUUCUUACGAAACUCUUUUUUAAUGCAUUUAUCAGUAGCAAAAUGUAAAAAGUGUACAGAUUUUCUGUAAAUAUAUACAUAAAAUAGUGUUAAUUAUCUUUCUGCAUUGUUGUUUAAAGCAUGCACUGCCCAUCUUUUCUCAUUAAUGUGACCUUUUAAUACAGAAUAUCUCGGAUUUGUUUGCUCUCUCGGGUCAAACGAACAUGAAUGUUGUACAAGGAGUUUAUUGAUUAACAUUCCUUAUUCAUGCCUGCCUCCUAUGUCCAUAAAAAAAGUAACAGCAAGUGCCUAAAGUCAUCCAGGUAUUGUUCUUAAUCAGCAGAGUGAUUCGAACUGAACCAAAUCCCCACCUUUUCAUUCAUUACCCUUUGUCAGAUCCCAUAUUUAGCUUGGACAAAAGCAACAAAAUGCUGCAGUAAAACCCCGACACCACAAAAACAAACCUCUGGGAAUUUAAAACACAAUCACUCAUUCUUCUUUGAACCAUUUCAAGCCCUUUGGUCCCUGCGUCCUUCAGCCCUGCAGGGUGCCAGAGAGGAAUUAAGCCUCCAAAAGCUUUCACUAAAGUCACCACUCUGCUCUUCUUUUGCUGUCGGAUUUGAAGGGGAGACAAUUCGGUGCAGACCAGCGGAAAUCUCUUAGCCUCUUUUUUUUUUUUUUAACUUUGUUUCAACUGCUCAAGUUUUAUUGUCAAAAUGAUGAGAACCAGUCCUGGGCUGGGGCCGCUGAAAGCAGUCUCUCCCCUCCCUCCUUUAAGACAACAGCCGCUGUGGAGGCUCUUUGAAAGAAAAGUCUGGCUCUCCACGUUUUUCU